UUCAGACUUUUUCAAGUCUGAGCACUUGGGUCAAGUCGUACGAAGAUAACAAAGUCAACGCCCAUCUCGUUCAUUUCGGUGUGUCGACGAUUAAGGUGAACAUCGCCCAGCUGACUCGUUACGGCAGUUCAAAUUUCGUUUCGAAUGUCAUCAACAACCGCGCAAUGAGUGCCUACUCAUGGGCGGUCAAUACCCUUAUGUCCGUUUACCGGAAAACGAGAACUCACCGAGCCAAAAUUUUUGAACAGUCCGUCAUUCACAACUCGUCUUACAACCUAACCAAGACGGGAACUUUUUACCUGGACAGCCCAGCAUCCAGGUUGCUGAUUUCGCUUUACCACCUCGACGCCGAUAAGGAUGCCCUCUACGUCAAAUCGUUCACCCUCAUCCAACCGAACGGACUGAUAAACUACACAACUGACUUAGCCAUUAUUAUCAAUGAUUUCCUUACAUUUACCUUGGAAUCUGUGCUUGAACCACUUCCUCAUGGUCUGUGGCGAUUUGAAAUCCGUUUUGUAAAUUCCGGUUAAAGCCUGCCGGAUAAACGACUGGAUAUCUGGACUGAGUCUGCCAAUUCGUCUCAAAUUCAGCUGAAGGCUUGGAACAGUGCCCUGGAUAACCAGCCGUUAGAUUUCACUAAAGCGCCGGUUGGCCUCUACGCCCAGCUGACGCAGGACAACAAGCCAUUUCGAAGAGCCAAUGACACGGCCUUCGUCUACGCCAGUGACAGUGGUGGAUCGAGUUCCAGUUUGCUGGCCGAAAUUCCUUUGAUGGACGAAGGAAUUUCAGGUUCAACCCCAAAAAU